CUAAAAAUAGCUUUUGGACCCGGGUACGUCCUUAAACUACGUCCAAAAGAGAGGUAUGGGCAUUGUGAAUGUCAUCUCGCUUUGUGUGGUAGGGCACAGCCAGUGGAUGUCAUUCCAGAUCUAGAGCAGAGCCCAACUGGAGAAGUACCUCCACCUUACAGAAAACAGCAGCCAAAUAACACUAGACCCUACUCAUAGUGUUGUGUUCCUGCCGGUUAAGUAACUACAAAGUCUACAAGAUAAUAAUUAAUAAUGCCACCCAAAAAGCAGCCCGAAAAGGCAGGCAAGGGAGGGAAAUCUGGAGUUGAUGCAAAAGAAUCUGGCGCGAAAGAGAAAAAAGGCGGCACAGCUGUCAAAGUCAGACACAUAUUGUGUGAGAAACAGUCAAAAUGUUUGGAAGCUUUAGAAAAGCUUAAAGCGGGACAGAAGUUUCCUGAAGUAGCAGCAGCAUAUAGCGAGGACAAAGCUCGGUCGGGCGGCGACCUCGGCUGGCAGACGCGCGGCGCUAUGGUGGGGCCGUUCCAGGAUGCUGCCUUCGCCUUGCCUAUCUCGACCGUCGCUAAUCCCGUCUACACUGACCCUCCCAUAAAAACUAAAUUUGGCUACCACAUAAUUAUGGUAGAAGGGAAAAAAUGAGUGACAUGGUUUGUGGAUUCGAGUACUUUUGGGCGAUGCUUUUACUGUUAGUUAUGGAAAGGAUAUGCUGCUUGCAGGAGCAAUUUGACAAGGACUAUAUCGUACUUCCCGAGGUUCCUACAUCUGAUAAUGCCUCGGAUGAUUCAAUUAAUUUAGAAGUGUUUCCUGAUACAGAGUAAGUGAUUACUGUAAAAUAUAUGUUUCAUUUCAAUUUGUUGAUAAAUAAGCAUGUUGGUAUUUAACUUAUUGUCGCGCCAAUAAUAAAGUAUUAUUCGGCAGUAGCCCAAAAUAUGAGCUACUUAAAGGAUUUCAUCCAAAGUAUGUUUUUAUUUAAUGUUUAUUGAUAUUUUAUCAAGUAGGUACGCCCGCAAGCGGUACUACAAGUUUUUUAAAUUAAAGGAGAAAUGGAAAAUGCAACCCGAGACCGUCUCCCAAGAAGUCUUGCCCGAAGCAGUUUAUUUUUUAAAUUUUCCUUUAAUAUAAAAAGGUUAUACCUUGGGUAAUGUAAAUAGUAAUGUCACUCUGUUUUUAGUUAUCGUAAAGGCAGUAUGAUCAAACUAUUAGCUAAGAUCACAAAAGCAUCCACUUUUCUCUUCCUAAUUUUAUUACGUAGGUAUAUUAAUCACGGUAUAUUAAUUAUUUAAUCACGGAAGAAUAAUGUAAUCACCAACCAAUGUUUACAACAGGUUAAAAUAUAUACCAUGCCAAAAGCAAUAGUGAUAAAUCCCUUUACAAACCUACAUUGUGCUUUGCCGAAGCAUAAAAUAGGUAUGAGUCAAUGUAAUUUGUUCCAGUUCUCUAAAGCAGAGUUUUCUGCGGCUGUGCCGGCACUCGCAAGUUACCAUGCUGCUGACACUCUUCUACUUCUGCAACGUUUCUUUCUGGUUCGUAAUGACAAAGAAAGCUUCGCCCAUUACCAAGUCCCUCACUUUUUCACUUUUGGAUUUAAAACAUGUUAUUCCAUAAUGAAUAGUAUUAAUAAAUAUGAUGCAAGUAUCCAAAA